CUGGCCGUAAAGGAGUUCUGGUCAAGGCAGAGUUCUCACUGGUGCCGUAUGAACCUCGUAAGGGAGAUGUUCGCUGCAGUGUUCACAGUGACACAAGCGAGAUUCAAGAGGCUGUGGAUGACAAUAUCCUUAAAAUGCAAUCCAUCGCGAACGUGAAAUGGGCACAACCGUUCAUAGAUGAUGUGAAACUGUGGGAAAAGAAAUUGGCAAUGAUCAACGAUGUGAUUGCUGUGUGGGUUACUGUGCAGAUGAAAUGGCAAUAUUUGGAAUCCAUUUUUAAGGGAAGUGACGAUAUCGCCAAUCAACUCCCAAAGGAAACCGCCAAGUUUAACGACCUGGACAAGAAGUUUGUUCGCAUCAUGAAUGAAACGGCCGCUGGGCCGAAUGUGGACAUCUGCUGUAACGCGACUGGUCGUCUUGAAGAGUUUCGGUAUCUGGAGGAGAAACUUGAGGAAUGCCAGAAGGAACUUUCCAAUUACCUUGAGACGAAGCGGUACAUGUUUCCUCGUUUCUACUUCAUAUCCGAUGAUGAGUUGCUCUCCAUUUUGGCUGCCAGCGGUGCAAAGUCAGUGCAGGAUCACAUGUUGAAGAUGUUUGACAACUCUGCCCACCUAAUUUUUAAGGAUGGUGAGGAUGAAACCAUUUGCGGUGUGGAAUCGCAGGAGGGUGAAGUUGUAAUUUUUGACCGCCCAGUGGCAACAAUGGGUGCGCCCGUGGAACAAUGGCUACAAGAAGUUUUGGAGGAGUCGCGCUCGACACUGCGUGACGUUCUUAAGGCGGGUGUGUACUAUUACCCUCGGAUGGGUCGACUGGAUUGGCUGAAAAAGUACCAUGGCAUGGUUACACUCACUGGGGCCAAGAUUUGGUGGACGUUCGAAGUGGAAGACGCUUUUAAUUCUCUCAAGAAGGGAAAGAAAAGUUCAAUGAAAGACCUGUCGGGGAAACUGACACGACAACUCAUUGAUCUUGUGGGAGAAAUGGAUAAGGAUAUUGAGAAACAGUACGCAAAGAAAGUCAAUACAUUGAUCAUUGUAGAUGUUCAUGGACGAGAUAUUGUGGAUCGCUUUGUACGAGACUCCGUAACGGAUGCUCGUGAGUUUGAUUGGGAAUCACAAUUACGGUUUUACUGGGAGCGUGAUGGUGACACAUGCGUUAUACGUCAAUGCACAGGGCGGUUUAAUUUUGGCUAUGAAUAUAUGGGAUUGAAUGGGAGACUUGUGAUCACCCCGUUAACAGACCGCUGCUUUAUGACGUUGACUCAGGCGCUGUCUUUCUAUCUUGGUGGUGCUCCCGGUGGGCCGGCGGGAACGGGGAAAACGGAAUCCGUCAAGGAUCUUGCAAAGGCUUUGGCCAUUCAGUGUGUUGUCUUUAAUUGUGGUGAGGGCUUGGACUAUAAGGCGAUGGGUACAAUCUUUUCUGGACUGUCACAGACCGGUUCAUGGGGUUGCUUUGAUGAGUUCAACCGUAUUGAACUGCCGGUGCUUUCCGUGGUAUCCGAGCAACUGCGCAGCAUUCAAAGUGCACUGAAGGCUGGCGAAGAAGAGUUUCUUUUUGGUGACAAAGUAAUUCGACUUGUACCGACGGUUGGUGUUUUUAUCACGAUGAAUCCCGGUUACGCUGGCCGUGUUGAAUUACCGGACAACCUUAAGGCUUUGUUCCGUCCUGUAGUGAUGGUUGUGCCAGAUAUGGAAUUGAUUGCGGAAAAUAUGCUCUUCUCGGAGGGCUUCACGACGGCGCGUGAGCUGGCCAAGAAGAUGGUGACACUUUACCAACUUGCCAAGGGGCAACUGUCAAAACAACAUCACUAUGACUGGGGACUGAGGGCAUUAAAAGCGGUGCUAGUGAUGGCGGGACAACUGAAGCGUGGUGCACCUGAGUUGACGGAAGAGUCUGUUCUGAUGCGUGCCCUGCGUGACAUGAAUACCCCGAAGUUUGUCGCGGAAGAUGAGCCGCUUUUUAAGGGUCUUAUUGGAGAUCUGUUUCCUGGUCUUGACCCAACACGUGCACCGCAGGAAAAUCUUUCAAAGGCUGCGACAAAAGUAUUCAAGGAGAAGGGAUUUUUUGUGGACGCGAGACAGGUGGACAAGGUGGUUCAACUCUACGAGACGAUGCAAACUCGGCACACCUCGAUGGUCGUUGGCCCCACAGGUGGUGGAAAGUCAACUGUUAUUGACUGUCUUUGUAAAGCACAAACGGACCUUGGGCUACCAACGAAGUUGUAUAUCAUCAAUCCCAAGGCUCAACCUACUACCGCGCUUUAUGGCGUCAUGGACCCUCUUUCUCGGAGCUGGACGGACGGUAUUUUCUCCAAUAUCUUCCGUGCAAUUAACCGCCCCAAUGAAAGUGGAGCGCGUGAGCGUCGAUAUGUUGUGUUUGAUGGUGAUGUGGAUGCCAAAUGGGUAGAAGACAUGAAUUCUGUCAUGGAUGACAAUAAACUUCUCACGCUUCCGAAUGGAGAACGUAUUCGUCUUCGUCCGACAAGUUCAUUACUUUUUGAAGUGGGAGACCUACAGUAUGCCUCGCCUGCAACUGUUUCACGUGUUGGUAUGGUCUUCCUUGAUCCUGUGAAUCUCGGAUGGAAGCCUUUCAUGUACGCAUGGAAGUUGAAACGCCCACGUGAUGAACUGGACACCCUUAACGAGCUCAUUGAGAAAUAUGUGGAGCCUCUUGUUAAUUUUAUGUUUGAUGGCAUUGACGGAGAGGUUGUGACAGACCCGCCGAAGCUUGUGAUCCCGACCAAUGAGUUAAAUAUGGUACGCCAGUUGACGACCAUGUUGCACACGGUUUCUCCGCAGAAAGUGGCACUGGAGCCAAAGGCAUUGCAGUGUGUCUUUUUAUUUUGUUGCGUGUGGAGUUUUGGCUCUCUAAUUGCCACUGCAGAGGGUCGUGUACGCUUCGAUGCAUUUCUGAAGAAGGUCAGUGGAUGGAACUUGCAAGAUGUGGGCGAAAACUUCCUCACCCGUUUUGUGGGUAGUGGAUCUCUUCCGGAGCGCAAAACUCUCUACGAUUAUUUUUUUGAUCUUGAAGAAAACCGGUGGAAGCCGUGGCAUAUUCUUGUUCAACCGUUUGAAAGACCACCAGGCGCAAAAUUUGGCUCACUUCUUGUGUCUACGGUUGAUACUGAACGAAACAUGUGGUUGCUGAACAAAAUUGUUCUCAAUCGGACUCCUGUCAUGUUGGUUGGUGAGAGCGGUACCGCGAAGACGGUCACCAUUCAGGCAUACCUUAAGCAACUGAAGCAACGUUCUCUGGAGGCAGACACAGCUGCUGAUGAGGAUGUUCAUCUUGAGGAGAUGCUUCUUGAGCUGAAUUUCAGCUCUCGCACCACAAGCCUUGAUGCUCAGAGGGCGAUGGAGGAUAACAUUGAGAAGCGCACCAACACCGUGCUUGGCCCCCCGGCAAAGAAGCGACUUUUGGUGUUUGUGGAUGAUAUCAAUAUGCCCCGUGUGGAUCUCUACGGCACUCAGCAACCCAUCGCCUUUUUGAAACUACUGGUGGAACAUCAUUCAUGGUACGAUCGAAAGGAUCUUCUUUUUAAAAAUGUGCGAGACACGCAAUUUGUGGCCGCGAUGGCUCCGCCUGGCGGUGGUCGUAACGCUCUUGACCCACGUUUUGUCUCUCUCUUCACCAUUUUUAAUAUUUUAUUCCCGUCGGACGAAUCGAUCAACACCAUCUACGGACAGAUUUUGCGCGAUGCCUAUAAAACAAUGGCGACUGAGUUGGGUGAUUUGCCGAGUCAACUCACAUCCAUGACGCUUAGCCUGUAUCAACAGCUUUUUGCCGCACUUCCCGCAACACCCACUAAAUUCCAUUACAUUUUCAACUUACGUGAUUUAUCGCGUGUGUAUGAAGGACUCUGCCGAGCCACCCCAGAGAUGUUUCCAGACACGAAGAGUAUCGUGCGAUUAUGGCUUAAUGAAAUUUCCCAUGUGUUCAUGGACCGUAUGGCAGAUUCUUCCGACAAGGAAUUUGUUGCGCUUCUCGCACGGAAGGAGAUUACGAGGCAUUUCCCGGACGCGGCGGAAUUUGCAUUGGCGGAACCUCUUUUGUUUGGUGAUUUUGGUGAUUUUGAGCCUGAUAGCGAUGUGGAGCGGCUGAACAUUUACGAAGAUUUUGGAGCGGAAUUUACCAGGGCGCGCUCAUUGGUGGAGAUGAUGUUGGAGGAGAUUAACACGCCGACGAAAAAGAUGGAUUUAGUGAUGUUUGACAUGGCGUUGGAUCACCUGCUGCGCAUCACUCGUGUUCUUUCUCUUCCCCGUGGCAACUGCCUGCUUAUUGGCGUUGGUGGAAGUGGCAAACAGUCUCUCACAAAAUUGGCAGCCGCCAUGUACCGGAUGGGCGUGUUUGAAAUUGUACUUUCUCGUAACUACAACGAGGAUGCGUUUCGCGAGGAUUUAAAACGCCUUUAUGCUCGUGUCGGUGUACAGAAGGAGAAAGUUGUGUUUUUGUUUACCGACAGCCACGUGAAGGAAGAGGGUUUUUUGGAAGUUAUCAACAACAUGUUGACUUCAGGUAUGGUGCCAGCGCUCUUCACAGAGGAAGAAAAGGAACCGUUGUACAGCAGUGUUGCUGCGGAAGUGGAGGCCGAUGGUCUUGCGCCCUCCAAAGAUAACAAGUGGACGGCCUUUGUCGCACGUUGCCGCGAUAACUUGCAUGUUGUGCUUUCAAUGAGUCCCUCUGGGAACAUUUUGCGCACCCGUUGCCGUAACUUUCCGAGUCUCAUCAACAAUACAACCAUCGAUUGGUUUCAGAAGUGGCCAUCGCAGGCGCUGGAGGCGGUUGGUAAUCGCAUGCUGCAGGAGGAGGAAGUGUCGGAGGAUUUGAAAAGGGCCAUUGCGAGUCAUGCCGUGUAUGUUCACUUGACAGCGGAUGAACUUUCUAUGCGUUUCUUGGGGGAAAUGAAACGACACAAUUACGUCACGCCGAAGAAUUUUCUUGGAUUUUUGGCAAAUUAUUCGCGGCUCCUUAUAACACGCCGAGAGGAAAUUGACGAUUUGGUGAAUAAAUUCGCGAUUGGUCUAGAGAAACUCGACCGUGCCCAGGAGGAUGUGAAAGUUCUUCAGGAGGAACUCGCCGAGAAGGAAGUCAUUUUGGAAGAGAAGCAGGAAGUUAACGAACGCAUGACGAAGGAAAUUAAAGAACAAAAGGAACGGAAUGAAAAGCGCAAGGCAGAAGCAUUGCUCAUGGAGGAAUCACUGAAUGUGCAAAGUGCGGAGAUUGAGAAGGAGAGUGCCGAGGCACAAGAGGUUCUCGACCUUGCUAUGCCUGCCCUUGAAGAGGCCAUGGAGGCGGUCAAGCACAUCAACCCCAAGAGUAUCACCGAAUUAAAGUCCUUUGCCAAACCACCCGCGAGCGUUGUGGCGGUGGUGCGCAUGGUAUGUGUCGUGAAGGGAGUGCCGGCGACAUGGGAUUCUGGCAAGAUUAUGAUGGGUCAAAAUGAUUUCAUUCGUUCACUUAUUGACAUAGACUCUCUUGCCCCAACACUGAAUCAGGGGAAGAUCAAUGAGAUUAAUAG